GGGGUUCUUGUUCGCUCUCUUUUUUGUUUACAUUGGAGAGAGCUGCCCCUCCUCGACCUCUUUAUAAGUUUUGUGCCAGCUCCCGCCAGCUUGCUUGCUCCCAUCUCUUCAUCUCAUCUGCAUAUCUUUCAUUUUUUACGUCUCCUUCCUGUCGUCCUUCUUCGCAAGAUACCCCCCGAAAAUUACCUUCCUUUCCCACCACGCACACACACACCACCACAACCACAACCAUGUCUGUCGACCAGGGAAUCGAGAUCGACCCCCAGACCAUCAAGGAGCUCGAGCUUCUCGAGGCUGCGCUGUCCGAUGUCGACACCGAGAUCAUUGCCAAGCAGUACCUGAUGACCAAGGACAUCUUUGCGCAGCGCCACCAGACCAUCUCCAAGAUCAAGCACUUCUGGAGUGUUGUUUUUAAUAACGCACAGGUCGACCUCGAGGCUGCCAUCACCCCCAACGACCGCGAGAUCUUUGAGCAUGCCCUGACCGGGAUCGAGGUUGUCCGCCCCGAGAUCCCCGCCACUGCCAAGAUUGGCGACACCGGCCUCGGCGGCUACGGCGAGCCCCGGUCUGUGACGCUGCGCUUCCAGUUCAGCGAGAACCCUUGGUUCACCGACAGCGUGCUCGAGAAGACUCUCUACUACCGGUACUCGAAGGACGGCGAGGCCGGCCUGGUGUCUGACCCGAUCAAGAUCAACUGGAAGGCCGGCAAGGAUGUCACCGAGGGCCUGACGGACGCGGCGUACGCCUUCUGGCAGGCGCAGCGCAAGAUGGCCAGCCAGAACCUGGACGGCGUGGUCGCCGGCGACGCCCGCAAGGCCCGGGACGCCGAGGCCAAGAAGAUGCCCGAGUACAAGACGGUCGUCGACACGCUCGAGAACAAGGUCGAGGGCGCCAUCAGCUUCUUCAACUUCUUCUCGUACCGCGGCCGCUGGACCAGCGCCGCCGAGAGCAAGGAGGCCAAGGCCGAGCUCGACGCCAAGCGCCAGGCCGCCCUCGCCGGCAAGCCCGUCGCCGAGGACAAGGACGAGGACGAGGAUGACGACGACGAGGACCUGCCCGCCGAGGCCGAGGCCGAGACCUUCCCGGCCGGCCACGAGGUCGCCGUCACCAUUGCCGAGGACAUCUACCCCGGUGCCAUUGACUACUUCAUGUCCGAGACGCUCGACACCGACGACGAGCUCGACGGCCUUGACCUCGACGAGGACGACAGCGAGGACGAUGACGAUGUUGAGAUGUCGUAAAGACAGGGAUGGGGAAUGAUAAACGGAACAAAAGUCUCGAUUUAGCGUGGUUAUAUCAUGGGCAUGGGAAAACGGGAUGACAGGGUCUAGACGGAUGAAAACAAACUGAAUGAAUUAUUUUGCUAAUCAAGGCCAUGUGUUUCCAUUCGUAAUCGCACGUUUUAUCUUUCGAG